AUGCUAACCCAUUGUUUGUUUCAUAACAAACUAAAAACCCGUUUAGAGAAGAAUCUUUUGAGGGUCUCAGCAAGUCUUUUGCUGAGAGUUCCUCAAGUAGAUAUUGUUUUACGUUUGGAUGAUGCUUUUAUGCCCUCACCAGAACCUUUACCAACGACUGGAAAAUACUCUCUCGGGCCAGAUAUGAUAUUUGGGUGGAAGCCGUCAAACAUAGAAGAAAUUGAAAAAUUUAAAUGGAACUAGCGAAGAAAACUUAAAAAGCUGCCAGAAUCAAGUUUUGAAGAAUAAGAAGAAAAGAAAAAAGAGCCUGAGUAGCCUAAAAUAAGUUUAAGACAGCAAAGAAAAGAAAGAGAGCUCAAUUUGAAAAAUCUAGAAAAACAAGUUGAGCUACUAAAAUAGGUGAGGAAAUAAAAGAAGAAACCCCCAAAGAAAUCUAAAAUACAGAUACCAUUUAUAAAAGUAGAAGAUGAUUUCGCUAGAAAUAGAAGGGGAAACCUCAAUGAUUCCCAGUUAACUGUAAAUAAAAGUUUAUUGGGGAGCUAGAGUAAACUCAAAACUCCAUCAAAGAGUCCAAGUAGAGGAUUUUUCAGAGAAGGCUCUCGAAGCAGAUUCAGGAAAAAGAAGGAUGAUCAAGUGGACUUUGUAAAACCAGAGGAUUUGGUGGUUCAAAAUCAGGAUGAUAUUUUAAUGGUUAAUCAGAGUAUGAUCAGAGAUGAGUAUAUUGAUUUUGUCGACGAUCUUCUGGAUGACUUAGAGGAUUUAUAGGAAGUAGAUUUAAUGUAUCAGAGUCUGUACAAUAACAGUUUCAAGGACAUUUUCUCUAAGGUUUAGUUCGAUCCUGUUGUGAUUAUAAGAAACGAUCCUAAUUUACGUCCUAAAUCUGGAUGGUUCUUCUUCUCAGUUAAGAACCUUCCUCACAAUCAGCCAGUCAAGUUUAAAAUCAUAAAUAUAAAAGAGAAGUUACAAUCAAUCAAAUAAAGAGAGGGUAUUUGGUCUUAUUCUGUUAGGAAUAAUUUGAAUCAUGCCUAAGAAUGGAUGAAUAACAGAUGCUAUGAUAUAAAAAUAACUAAAAACAGAUAUUUCACUUAAUGCAUGUGGUCCUAUACUGCCAAUCAAAUAAAUGAUCAUACUUUCUUUGCGCUAUAUUAGCCUUACACAUACUCAAAUCUCCUAACAUUCAUCAAUAGCAAAAAGAUAGAUCCUGAAGAAAGAGGUUUUCAUUACUAAAAAUAAGUACUAUGCUAAUGUCCGGGAGGAUUGCAAGUUCCUAUAAUAACAAUAGAGGAUGUGAAAGUAAGAGAAAGGAGGCUAGGUUUAGUUCCAAGAACCAAAGAUGACUAAAAGAUUAAAGUUAUAUUAUUAAUAGGUAGGCAAACCCCUGCAGACCCAUUUUCCAGUCGCAUGAUGGAGGGUUUUAUAAACUUUAUAGUUGGCGACACAGAAAUAGCAAAGAGAUUAAGACAUAGGUUUAUUUUCAAGAUUGUGCCAAUGGUUUGUGUUGACGGAGUAGUCUUAGGGAAUACUAUUACUUCUAUUUUAGGUGUUGAUAUGCCUAACAAUUGGAGAGAGCCAGAUCUUGUGAAAAAUCCGGUGGCUAUAGAAUUGAAGAGACAUAUGAAAAAUUUGGAAAUACAAUUUUAGUGCUAAGUAUUUGCGUUUUUUGACAUAAAAACAGCAUUUUCUUAAUCAUAAACCUUUUUCGAAACACUUGAAUAUGGAAAUGAGGAUGCUUUUGAUAGAUUUUUAAAAAUAAGUAAUGUACUUCUCGGUGUCAUUACAAUCCAAACUGUCUUCAUAGAUAAAAAUAAGACUAAUUUUGACUAAGUUAAAAAGAUCAAAUAGGAAAAGAAAGAAUAUGAAUCUUUCCUAGAGUUGACUAAGAGGUUGAAUAUCCCGAUAAAUAAUCAAUUUAUUGAGCUUCAAAAAAGGCAAUUGUUGAUGGCUGAAGAUGUCAGUGAAGAGGGAUUAACGGGAGAAAUAUUAAAGUACAUUAAGAAAACUUUCGAGGAUCUAGCUAAUUAUGCCCUCACUUACAAUAAAAUUGGCAAAGAAACUGAUGAGGCAGAUUAUGAUCCAGAUGGAGAUCAUGACAGCCCUCAUUCACUAAGUAAUCUAAUGAAAAAAAAGCCAAGAUUUUCAAGAUUAGAUUUGACUUACUAGCAGUAAAUGUAUAGAGGAAAAGAUUUUAGGAUAGACUUAUUUGCUAAGAAAAGACCUAGUCAAGACUCCAGAUUAAAACCAAAUACUAUGCUAAAUAUUUCUGACGAAUAAAGGAGAGCUUGGCAGUCAAAGAAUGCUUCUCAUAUUCUAAUAAGUAAAGAGGGCUCAAAGUCUAAGUUUACCUCUCAUGAUUACAAGGAGAUUCUCAAUAAGACUCAAAAUGCGGAAGCUUUUAAAUUUUCAUAUUUCAAAUUGACAGAUAUAGCUAAGAAAUCUAUGACUCCUUUUGUAAAGUCGCCAAAAGACAAGGCUAAUAGAUACAAUAUCCUUUUGAGAUCUAGCUAUAUGAAUGAUUUCUUUUUCUCAAGAAUUGAGGAAAAUGAGCUUUAUGAAAAGAAUUUCAAACAAUAAUAAGAAAGAACCAAAAGCAUAAAUAACUUGAUUAAUAGACUUCCAGCUGUGAUAGACAAGACACCUAAACAUUACAGGCAUUUAAGCUAGUCUUAACAGGGAACUAACUGA